UUUGAUGUUAUUGAAAUAAGUUUGUACAACAAAGCUUUUCGUUAAAAAAAUAUGUGUGUGUAGAAUACUGUUAAUCUAGUAUAAAUAUUCCGUAUUGUUAUUGUUAACAGUGUAGAAUUGGGACCAAUGACCUUGUUGCAUUUCACUUAUUUAUGUUUAUAACAUUAGGUUGUAAAAUGUACCCAGAAUGUCCUAUUUGAGUGCUUCAGAAAAUGUGGGUUUCAGUGGUAUUCCCCAAAAUAUAUCCGAUGCAAGUUGUGCGACCCAGUAUAAAAUGGCUGUUGAGAGUGUGCCUGGAAGUUGCAAUAGUGAAGUAAACAUGUUUAUUCAUGAUAGUUCUGGUGAUGAACAAGCUUAUUUGCCCCAUUUAACAGAUAACUUUUUUCAUACAAAAUUCAAAAUAGACCACAACGAUUUAUACACAUUUCAUGAUUCUGAUGUAAUUGCCGGAGAGAUCACUGUCAGUCAGACCGAUGAUAAUUUUAUAUUUUCUGAUGGUGUUGAUGGCAAAAUUAAACUACUUGAUAGUCCAAAUAAAGAAUUGGAUAUCUUGGGAGCAAUUGCAAAUGGCGAUAUAAAGGAAGAAUUGAAAGAGCCUGUUUUGAAUGGUCAUUAUGAACCAAACAUUACUAGUACAGAAAACAAGAUAGUUGAUAGUAAGGCUAUAAAUACCAAAGUUAAAAAGCAUCAAAGUCAAAUCAAUUGUGCGAAUCAACCCAAAAUCACUGCAAUUAGACGUCCAAGUGUUCAUAGCCCAAAGGCUCCUACAACAUCACAGACUGGUAAAGUCAGUAUUACUAACAGUAAUAUAAGUAAUGAAAAGACAACUUCAGUGGGUAAGGGAGGGCCGGAGACAUUUCUUGAUGUAUUCAAGCGAGAACAAUGUUUUACUGAAUGCCAAAGGGGAGCUGUUAAGACUGAACCUGUUGUUGCACCUGUUAAACCUGCACCCGCUCCCAAGAAGCCAUCAACAGUUAAACCAACCCAGGCAAAAGUGAAAAAGGGCAGAGGGCCGAUAAUGCAUGAGGCCUUACAACGGAUACCAACUGAGUGCAAAGCAUUAGUAUUGCCUAUUAAAACUUGGCACGCACCUGACGAGGAGUUGUUUCAAUGUGGACCAUUGGACGCACAGAAAUGGAACCCAUUCAAACAACUAGAGAGUAGCAGCAGUGAUGAUGACAAUAUGCCCGAUUUUGAAUCUGCCUCUGGACCUGUAUGUGUAGAAGAGAGCGCAGCAGAAUCACGUAGCGCCAGACUAGAGUUACGAAGGGCUGCAAUGAGGAGGCACGUCAUGAGGACUGCGACGAGCAUGCACUUGACUAAGAAACAUAAUGAGCAAAAAGCUUUAGCAACCCUUAUAAAGAAACAACUGAAUGGAAAAAGUUCUUGCCGUCUUCCACAACAAACUGUUAAUCAUUUAUUGGCAAUGCGCGGUAUGUCUUCAACAUUAUCAUUACAAGAGCGCAGAAUACUGAGAGCGAGCGGGUGGUCAGGCGGCGAGAGCGGCAAGCUCGACGCGAACGCGUCCAGCAUGUGCGCGGAGGAGAAGUGCAGCGAGACGCCGCUGCCGUGCGGCCGCUACUGCCUCGCGCACGUGACGCUCGCGCCCGAGCAGCGGCUGUACGCGGCGUGCGCGGCCGUGUUCGCCGGCGGCGAGCGCUGCAAGCAGCCGCUGCUGCCGCUGCACGAGCAGACGCCGCUGUGCCCGGAGCACGCGUGGAAGCGGGACAACUACGAGCUGCUGAACCGCGAGGGCCGGCCGCAGAAGGCGGUGCGCAAGCGCGUGUGGGCGAGCAGCCGGGCCGCGCGGCCGCCGCGCCCGCCGCGCAAGCCCAAGCGCCGCCGCAGGCUCGUGCCCAAGCGCCCGCCCGUGCACACGCAAAGCCUCUCAGAAAUUAACGCUUGCUCGAAUUCGUCAUACGACAGUUCUGAAGACACGGGGGUCGGCGGUCUCAGCGAGAGCGAAUACAUGACAAAUAAUUCUGGUGAGCUUGAAGUUGGUCAUGUACCACCUGAUGACAUUCUGGAUCCUUCGGUGUUGAGUCAGAUACCCGAUGAGGCGUUUACGGAGUUUUUCAAUCAAGCGGAAGGUGGCAGCACAUUCGCUGAGAGCUCAGAGCUGGCGGCGGCACUAGAAGCUGUAUUGGACGAGCGCGCUCUUGACAUGCCCGAAUGUGUUUUUUCACAAUCGCCAAGGAAUAAGAUGCAAGUAACCGCAGUGAGCAUGGAGCCUUCGAGCGCGCCCUCAUAACAUAAAUAUAAUAACCGUCUCUUUCAUUUUAAAAUAAACUCUAAUACUAUUAUGUUUAGGAACAAAUUUGUUUACGUGAUGUGAAGUUGGAAUUUAUGCUUUAAUUUGGUGUGUUAGUGAAAUAUUUCAAGUGUUCGUAGCCUGAAACGUUUGGUAAGCAGUAGUUGGUAUAGGUAGGUAAGAGAGAACCGAUAAAUUCUUGAGGGUCAACGGAAAUGUCGAUCUUGUUUUUAGGACAAGUUUUUAUUUUCUACGAUUUUGAUUAAAUUCGUCAUGCAAAAAUGAACCUAACGGAAUACGAUGUAGAAUUAUAUUAUAAGUCUUUAUAUGAUAUGCGUUGAUCCAAUGAAUCAUGUCAAUAAAAAUCUCUAGCUUUGGCGUUUUAUCUCCUAUUUGUAUAAAGCAAUAAAGCGGAGGGCUGUUCAUUCAUUAUGUAAGGAUGAUUUUUGAUUG